GAGAGAGAGGUGGGAAUGGCAGCAGGAUAUCCCCACUUUCACUGGGAAACUUGACACUAAUGAUGAAUUAUUUUCUUGUGUUUCAGGUUUGACAGAAGAAACAUGAUGCUGGUGUUGGUUUUCGUGGUGACCGCACUGCUUGUCAGUGAUGUGGCAGGGAAUUCCAAUACCUCGGCAGAGGAGAAUGAACUGUUCCAACGUGCAUAUCUAAUCCAAGGACGCUGUGAUCCAGGCUGGUUUUAUUAUCGGACUUUAAACUCCUGUUACCGGUAUUUCAAUGCGAAAAAGUCAUGGGAAGAAGCUCAGACGCUCUGCAAUAUACCCCCACAUUAUGGAAAACUGACUUCCGUGUGCAGUAAAGGCCACAACAGCUUCAUUUUCAAAGUUCUCAGAAGGCAGGCAGGAAGGAGAUCAGCAUGGAUUGGCCUGAAUGACAUAUCACGGGAAGGGACUUACAGAUGGGUUGAUGGAGCAUACUACUCUUAUAGAAAUUGGGGUGCAAAUGAACCCAAUACUUGCAGACGCUAUGAAGACUGUGUGUUAAUUCGUGGUGCUUCAGGUGGAGAUUGGGAUGAUGUUUCCUGUGAUGAGAAACGUGGUUUUGUUUGUUCCUACAUACUGCACUGAAAUUGGAAGACUCUAGAACCAUCCACUCAUCAUUUCUAACAGUGGGUUCAGUGCCCUAAUUUUUUUGUAGCCAAUCUCACUGUCUGUGUUGACUGUACUCACUUAGUUUCUCAGCCAAUAAUAAAGAGAAUUUGCAUCCUGA